GGAAGAGGGAACAGCAAUAAUCUAAAGAUGUCCUCUCGACUUUUAAGAAAGCUACAAGGUGAAAAUGAACUAGAAAUAUCGCAUGGGGAUGAAGAGGAUGAAGAUUAUUUUAACCUUGCAGCUCCAGUCAAGUCAAAAAAGAGAGGAAAACCUGUUGUAAAUCCUUUUGAUUUGGUGAGUGCUACAUGCAUUUAAUGCAUCAGUUGAUUUAGAAACAACGCAACGACUUUGUUUAUAUCUCUUUUAAGCAUUAUAGAUAAUUUGAAGGAUAAAUUUCGUUACUUUUUUGUUUUUUUUCUUCACUUGAGGCCUAUCCAUUUCUAUCCAAAAUCUAUCCAUUUAUUUUCUAUUUGUUUGUUAGACGAUUCUUGUAAAUUGGUCAGCGGUUCAAAAUUUCUUAAUUCAUACAUUCAUUAUGAAUAAGUUGAAAAUAACUUCAUCAAAAAUAGCAGAAAUAGCAUGCCAGGAGCUUCCAUUCCACAUCAACUGACAAAUGAUUAACUUAUUAGACUUACAUGUUCAGAGUUAGAAGGGGAAUAAAGUGAUGAAAAUUAACCCUUCAUUAACAUGUUACUUCACCUUAUAAUAUCCAUGCAUUAUCCUAAAACAGGUAAUGAGAGAACUCAACUCCCAAGAUUUGAUUGAUAAUUCUCCCCUCCAUCUGCUAGACAUUUCCUUGUACAUGUACUGUAGUGGAGAGAAUUUGUUUAGGUCAAAAUAACAACUUUUAUCAGAUAAGUUUCAGUAUUCUCAUUACUGGUUUGCAGGAUAAGCUAUGGAUGUUAAAGGGAGAAGUUGCAUAUCAAUCAGUUCUGGGAGUUAAAAGGGUUGAGUUAAAGAUUUUGAACCUAUUAUAGUUAUUGUAGUUUUUCUGAAGGAUAUUAGCAAGUUACAUUUUGUGAACUACUUAAACCUCUGGUGCAAAAUCCAGGAUUCUUAGGUGGGGUUUCUGUGUACAUGAUUCUUAACAAUACUAAGUUUAUUGCAUGCUACUGCAUAAUCCUUGAAAUUACACUUUAUUAUUGCUUCCCUGUCAGUUAAAUGUUGAGGAUGAGCAAUCUGAUGAAGACUCUGAGGAUGAUCAAGAAGAUGAAAGUUUAACAGAGACUUUGGAACAUAAUGUAAAUGAAGAGAAACCCAGCCCUGUGGAAAUAGCUGAGAAACAGCUUCCUAAAAAGAAAAGGAAGAAAAAAAAGAAGAAAGGAAAAGGAGAAACAGAAAAUGGAAAAGUUGUGAAUGUAAGUGGAUACUGAAAUUACAAAUGAACUACUAGAAUAAGUGGAUAAAAUCAAGAAUUGAAUUUUCUUUGAACCAUUCUCCUCCCUUCUCUCUCCCCUCUCUCUCCCUGUGUGGACCUGUAGUGGUGCUUUUUUGUGUGAAAAGAGAGCUUUUAUUCCUUAAUGACUGUGUAUACCACACUGGCAUGGGUCCAAACAGCUAAUACAUAGGGAUCAACUUAUCUCCAGGUGGCAUCAGUAAUUUAUGCCCUUUGGCAGGACACUCUACCCUUACAGUGCCUCUCUCUCCCCCAGGAGUGUAAAGGGAUAAUGGUGGCUAUCAGGAUAAACUAUUGACUGAAGUGACAGGGGGGCUACACAGGAAAAAAAGGGGGGGAGGAGAAGCACUUUGGCUCCUAAAUCCAAGUGUGCAUUAUGCUUGAUUAAGAUUUUAACCUCAAGAUCAAAUUUAAACUAAGGUAUGAAGAUAUGGUGAGGUAGAUGUUGGAGAUUUUAAGUGGAAUCCAACAUGAAAUAAUUUGAAACUAAGUUAAUUUGCUUUUUAGUUUUUGCCAUUUUAAUUUUUUUACCUAAAAGUCAUUGUGAUUUGACUGCAACAUAUGAGAAUACAAAUUUAACCUCUGGAAGUUCAAAAUAAUUUCAAGCUGAAUUCACUUUUGGCAUUAAAAUAGUCAUCUGGGCUAGUUUUUUUAAAAUUUUUUUUUAAACAUUAUUACUCUGUUGAAAGGGAGGUAAACUGCUGUAUAAUGACCAAAAUUACAAUGACAGUGAAUCAGAAAAUAAGUUAACAGAAGAAAAACUUGAUGUGACCGUUAUUCAUUAAAAUUCUUUUACGUGUGGUUUCUCAUCACAGAAAAGAGACAGCGCUGAUGGAGCUAUUACCAAAGUGAACAAUCAACCAAAACCUGAGGAUAAAAAGUCUGGUAAAAAAAUAACUAGACAGAGUGCAUGUGGGUAAAUGUCCCAUGUUUGGGAUAAUUUAGUGGGUUGUUUCCAUCAGUUGGUGUGUUGUAUUAUCUUCACUUACUUCAGGGAUAUAAUUUACAUCUGAUCUGGGUGAUUUGUUUGAUGUCUAGUGCAAAAAGUCCUUCAGAGUAAUAGAAUAAAGAGAAUGAUACAUCAGCACAUGUACAUGUAGAUCUGUAUGGCAUUUCUCUGUGUUUGCUGCACUCACUCUUGAGAUGUGAAGUGGAGCACAAGAGGGGAAAUUCCAUAUCUACAAGUAAGCAUGUAUCAUUUUGUUUAUUGUAUAAACACCAUAUGCUUUUACCAACAAGGAAAUUUGACAAAUGACCUUGGUUUGAGAAUUGUAAACAGUUACCAUUUGUUCAUCCACCUGAAAGAGUGACAAGAAAGGCAAGUGAUUUGUCAGCACCUGAUUGGUGAUAUUAAAAAAAUCAUAACUUUGCACAUACAGUUGUGGCUUUUCUCAGGGCUGAAAAUCCUUGUAAAAUACUACACUUUAUGAAAUAAAAUUGCGUUCUUUCAUUACUCUUAGCAAAAAGGCGAAACAUAUGCUGUAGGUUUAAAUCUAAUUUCAGUCCAAUUUAUUUAUAUAUUUAACUUGUACUCAUUUUUUAAUCCUUUUCAAGCAAUGUGGUGUAAUAUUAUAAAUUUUUCCUCCAACCAGGUCCAGUAACAACCUUUGGAGAGAGUACCUCAAAGGUUCUGGAUACAAAAGCUGUAUUAAAUGUAGAACACAGGUAAGGAUACUGGAACUAUCUUUCUUGUUGUGAGGAACAAACCAAUCAGAAGACUUCCAGAAAUUGACAUUUUUCACCUGAAAGUUUAGGUUGAGUAAAGUACAAAAAAUUGGCCUUUCUUUUUUCCUCUGCUGGCGAUUGUCUUAAGUACUUCACCUGCAGCUAAAAUUGUAGUCUUAGUAACAUAGGUUUGAAGCUUUAUUUCCCUUUGUUCUUGGAUUUAUAUUUAUUUCAUUUAUUUAAUAAUAAUGGCUAUUUGCCUACAAAAAAGUCAUGAAGUGCCCCCCCCCCAAAAAAAAACAUAUAUAUUUAUAUAAUGAUAGUAAUAAUUAUUAUAAUAAAAUAAUGAAGGAUAGAUUACAAAUUUAGUUUCCUACUCUUCAUUGUGACCAAAAUGACUGCAGCUUGAAGUGCUGCAAGCCUCCCUAGUUACAAUUAUGAUGCAAUGCUGUUUUUACCCUGAUUUCUUGCUACUUUUUCUUGUAACUAGAAACUUAAAUGCUGAGAAUGAGAUGAAAAGGAGAUUUGGAUCUCACAUUGUCAGAGCAGAACAAAGGUAAGAUUGAUAAGUGACAAUGAGAGUGAUCACUACCCCAGUACUUAAACAGUAAUAAAAAUAAAGCCUGUUUUUUCCAGGCUUUAUUUUAACUACUGCUAAUGAUGAUUUUUUUUAAACGACAUGUGAAGAUCAGGAAUUAGUUGUUCAGGAAUUACAUUUAUUUUGAAAUCACUGGUGAUCCAUGUAAUCUGAUUGACUCCCAUUGGUGUGUUUAUUCAUAAUUUAUUCAUAAAUUUUGGUCUGAAAUCAUAGCUGUGAUUUCAAAUCAAACUACUAGUGCUGGCCACUCACUUGAUUUUGAAAUCUUGCAUAUGAUUUCAGACAAAAUUGCACUCCACUCAGUUCAAUUAUCAUUACUAAUCAAUAAUUUUUUUGCAGGCAGAGAAAAGCACAUCAGCGAGUUUAUCAUCGUUCAACAAGGUGAAUUUAUAUGAUAUCUGUUAUACAUUUACAGGAUACAUUCCUUCACUUUGUGUUUUUCUUUUUGUGCAAUUUAUCUUUAGAAUCUCCUGUAAAGAUUUUUUUCACUUGAUCAUUUGAAACUUCUGCAGUAGAUAAGAAAUAGCAGUUUUUACAGAAGUAUUACAGUCUAAAGACAAAUCUAACCUAAACAAUUUUCAAGGGCAUCUCCUACCUUCUUAAUUCAGAUCUAGACUAUUGUCAUUCUCAAUGUUGUACCCUUUUUUUAGAGUCUUUAUUUGGUGACCUGAAACCCUAAAUUGAUUGCCAAAAAGAGACAUUUUGUAUAAUGACCUAAAUAUUGAGCUCCUUUAAACAUUGGAUUUCUGUUAAGUACCAAGGGAACCAAAUAAGUCAUGAUACAUGAUAUGGAGGGCUGCCCAAUGUUCUCAUUAUGUGCAUGGAUGGUCUCAGUGAGUGUGUAGGAAAGGUUGUGUUGUGGCAUUUAAGUUGUCAUAAGUAGCCAUGGUGUGAGAAGAGUGUCAAAUCAUGCUUUCUUAGGUGGUAAUGCUUUGAAUUUGGUUUUAAAUAGUUCAUAAAUAUUGUAAGAAGUUAUGUUUUUAUUCCAACAGGCUGGUUACAGUGAAGUCAACAUGGCCACCCAUAAAAGCAACUGGUAAAAAUUGAAUUGUUAAAUGCAUAUAUGUUUCUUCAUAUUUCAUGUCAUGACCACUCUUAUCUUUUGAAUCUAUUUGUUUUAUAUAAUAAAGAAUUAGAAAAAGAUUUUUAAUGAUGACGUCAUCUAUACGACUGUCCUCCAAUAGAUCAUAAGUGAGAACCAAUCAGAAUGCGUGCAUAACUGAGCUUUUUAUAUGAUGUUUGAUAAUUUUGCUUUCACAGGAGUGAGCAUGAAGCUUCUGUAUACAAGACAUGGGUAAGGUGCCCAUUGAUCACUUAGGUCUGCUUUUUGAAAGGUUGGGUUGCUUGACCCAAUGAUAUUACACUGACCUUUCACAAUUCAGUUAUUAACCUUUUACAUCCUUAAAGUGAUAAGCAUCUAAUUUCUCCUUGCUGUAUCAGCCCUGAACCACUCAUCAGGGUCACGGGAAUAGAGAAAAUGAUUACCAACUAAAGAAGCUCUUGAUUGUUAAAUGAAUUCUCCUUGUCAGCAUCUUAGAAAAUAUAUAGAGAACAGUAUGGAGAAUAUGCAUAAUGAUGUUAGUGUGUAAGUAACAUUAGGUCAAUUGGUGUAAGCUAUUUGUAUCGCACAAAUAUUUCUUUUUGAUAUUUUUUCCUCUGUAAAUUUAUAGCUACUGCUACUUUGCAUUUGAACACUCUCCAUCUUAUCAAGAGGUCCAGUUCUUAUUUCUGGAGGCAGUGGAAUCAUUACAUCCCAAUAACAUUUCUGUAAGUAAAUUAUUGUCACAGCCUUUAAACAAAGACAAAGUGCUCUUAAGCCAUGAAUCCAAUUCAUAUUUCUAGAGGCAGUAGAGGCAUUACAUCCAAACCACAUCUCUUUAUGUGAAUUAUUCUGUUGCACCAGUAAACAAUUGUAAUCUUUGCUCUUAAGCCAAAAGGCCCAUCCAGCAAUAUCUUAUUCUGGUUUCUGAAGCAUGAGGGAUUAUUACGGAUUAUUACAAAGGUUAUUAUAAAGAUUAUGACCAGGGUUAUUGCCACUCCCCCUGAAUGGGCUACUAGUUCACCCAAACCCCCCCACCCACCUCCAGUAUCAAUUUUCAUGUUUCCCUGAUAUUUCCUCGAGAGCACUUUUAAACUCUUGUUUGUAAAGAGAGUGAAGUAUUUUUGUCCAAGAACACAACACAAUGAUGUGGCCAGGGGCAGAAACUGAACCCCUCAGAAGCUCAGAUUCUUCUGCACCAGCCAGUAGGCCAAUGCAUCUCCUGCACAGCUUCCAAUUAAGCAAAAUUAUUUUUCAGUAAUCUAGAUGAUGUCUGUGUUUUUAUGUUUCAGGCCAUUUUAAACACUCAUCCAUAUCAUAUUGAUUCUCUGCUGCAACUCAGUGAGAUCUGCAAGAUGGGAGAAGAUUACCAGAUGGCUGCAGAGCUGAUAGGUGACUGGACAAUCUCUGCUAUCUUUGCCAUUUUGAUCCUCUCUUUUGGUUGAAUUCCUAUGUUGCCACUAAUCAUGAACAGAUUAUUUUUAGGUUUGCAGCCGAAAAAAAGAAAAGUUGCUGGAUUGUUACAUUGUCAUUACUUUGACCAACAUGAAGUUAUUUCUUUGCUAAUACUCAGCAGUUGUUUUGUCAAUUGGCUUGCCAAAUGAUUGAUUGAUUUCCCAUAGAAAAAGAGUGAAAACAUUUUUGUUCACAAUUUGUGUUAUUUGUUCAGGUGAUAAAAAGGACAGCUUAUUUCCUACACUAAUUUUUAUUGCUGUUUUUUUUUCAAAUCAAAGAUAUUAUUUCUUGUAGUGCUGCAGCUACUGCUAAGGAACAAGUCAUAACUAUUUUUCUUUAACUCCAACUUAUUUCAGAAAGAGCACUAUACUGUCUUGAAAGAAGUUUCCAUACCUUGUUCAGUCUCACUAAUGGGUGGUCAAGACUUGAGUACAGAAGAGCAGAAAACAGGUAAAGAGGGAAAAACUUUGUCUCACCAAGGUUAACAUGUGGUGUGACCAUAAGUUUUUGUGUAAAAUAUGCUCCGUAGGUGUAAUAUCAUGCAAAAGAAGGGGUACAGCAAAGCAAUUCACAAUCAAGAUUUUAAUCUUGUUUCUUGAUAUAUUUAACUUUACCUUUCUUUGUGUAAUAUAAGCAUUCAAGAAGUUGUAACCUUCUUAGCUGGUUGAAGUUGUGUUCACUUUUUUUCUGUCUUUCUGCAGAUCAUUCUUCAUAGCUUUAUUUCGCCAGAUCAUCUUUGUGGGCCAAAAAGGUACCUAGUAUGCAGAACACUUAUACUUUUGCCUCAUGUAUUUUUCCUCCAGUGUUUUGGUAUAUCACAUUUAAUGGAGUUCAACUCAGCUUGACUACUUUGGGCAAUGAUAUAUAUCACACAAUGGCAACAACAGGAUUGUGAUAGAUUCCUUGUAACUGUCUUUCCUUUUAACAUUUGAGAAAAACUGUGGCUGUUUUAAUUUUUUUGUGAUUAAUGUAAUUGGUUAAUUGAAUUUUAGGAUGCUACAGGACAUCACUGGAGUUAUGCAAGCUCUUGCUAAGGUGAGAUUAUUUUCAAAUUAAAUUCAAUGUUUAGUUACUUUUUUUCGAUUUUGGGUUAUUACAUUUUUCUCUGAUAUUAAAGGUGUGUCUGGUAUGUUGACUCCUGUCACUCUUAAAUCAUCUUUACAUUCUUUGUUAGAAGGAGGAGAGGAAAUUAGACUUAGAAUAUGGUGAAAAACAGACCCAAAGAGAAUACUUUAUUAACUUUUAUGUUUUGAAGUAACUUUAAAGUUACUUCAUGAUUAGCAUAUUGUUUUUCUGAACAACCUGGCUGGUUGGCAGGACUUAUACAUUGAGACAACUGUUAACCCUUUACACCCUGACAUCAGUAUGCAUAUCCUCCUUACUGUUCUCUAUACAUUCCCUAAGCUGCUGACAAGGAGAAUUUGUCGAACGAUCUAAAGCUUUCUUAGUCAGUGAUCAUUUCCCUUAUUCUCAUGACCUUAAUGUUUGAUUCAGGGGUAAUAUUGUAAGGAGAAAUUAUUGCUAAUCACUCAAAGGGUUAAUACAAUGUUUAAUUUUCCUUUUAGUCUAGACCCAGAUGAAGAUCCCCUUGGUGUUCUCCUUAUGAUCGAUUUCUAUGCGUUACAGUCAGAGCAAUUUAGCUUCCUCAUACGAUUGUUUGAAGAGUGGGAGGUAAACAGUGUACAAUGAAUAUCUUAAAGGGAUGCCCAUAUUGUGUGAUCAUAUGGGUUGGAAUAGUCAAAGAGCUAUUUUUCAGUGGAGUGUUUUAAUCUGAGUUUACAGGAACCAGAAUUAUGACACUCUACUCACUGCAACCUUCACUUGACUCUGAUAAAGACUUUGGGAAGGUUGUGGAAACUUCAGUCAGUAUAACCGAUAACAGUCCUUCACAGGGCUAUCCUCUAGCUUUGAAGACUGACCUUUUAGGAAGUUUAUAAAUGAACUUUUUUUUUUCCAUUACUGUGAAGCACCACGGAAUAUUUUUAUACGAGUAGUGCGCUUCACAAUUACUCCAUCAUUAUUAUUUUUAUUAUUUUUAACGAAUGACCAGACAGCAUAAUCAACUGAAUGAAAGGGGUACGUUUCUAAAGAAACUGUCGUGCUGUGUCAGUGGGAAGAUAAUUUAGUUUCAUCAACUAUGUUGAUAUUGUAAAUUGGCCACAUCAGAGAGUUUGUAAAGCUGAUGUUUUGAGCGUUAGUCCUUCGUCAGAGCGAAUGAAAGAUCAACUGUUCCUCCCAGACCUCCUGCAUUCAAACCAUUUACUAUAUUCUUCCUUUCGCUUCUGAACUCAUCAGGAACUUAUAAAUGUUAUUGUUGACAACUACUUUUAUUCCUUCGUCGUGAAUUUAUUUGGGUUAAAUUAUGCUCUUUUUUUUUCAAACUUUUCAGCCUCACAGAAACUUAUCCCAGUUACCAAACUUUGCUUUUUCUGUGGCUCUCGCAUAUUUCCAAUUCAAUAGAAAGCAUGGCGAGACCAAGAGAGCAGAUGAACUGGUAGGCUGUUGUUUCUUUUCUACAUUCUGUGCAAUAUAGUAUUUUGGGUUACCAGCAGUUGUUUGAUAUUCAAAAACUAAGUAUAAAUUUUGCCAAACAAUUCUACCAAGCAGAUUUUUUUUUGUUAAUCAUCACAGCUGUUGAAAGAGCAUUUUUCGAUGGUCAUUUAAACAGUCCCUGCUUCGUCCCACUUUCACUUUCAUUACUGCCAGCAAUGUUUGGCAGAGGUCUUAUCAAAAGACCAAAGUAGAUGGAAAACUGUUUGAUGCUCGUUUAUAACUUUUUCAAUUUAUUUUUUUGUGAAAGGAGACCACUAAUUUUAAGGGGCUUUUGUUUAGUCAACGUGCAACAGGACUUUCUUUUCCCAUAAUCAUCCCUCUCCAGCACUGGAAAAACUGUGUUCUCUCUUUUCCCCCCCCCACCUUCCCUAACACCAUUUUCAAACUUCAGUCUAAUUACAUCUAGUACUACCAAUAUUUCUACGAUGUUAGUUACUCUGUUGGAUAGAGGACAGAAAAGAAAUCGGACCGCAUAAAGACCCAAAAGUUCAUUCUUUAUUUUAAUUGUACAACGAUGUACUAUUAUUUCAGCUCCAGACGGCAUUGAUUAUGUUCCCAAUGGUAUGUUUCACUGCUGUCUGUUUUAUCAGUUUUAUCAUAAAUCUAUCGGGUUUGUUUUUGACGAGCACAAACUUUAAAUCAGAAUUAUGACAAUUCCAAAUUUAAAGGAGUAUGCUCCGUAACCCUCUCCCCAAUAUUUACUGUGUUUUGAUACUCCUAAGGGUUACUUAACCGUUAAAAAAAUUUCCACAAUACAGUGUAAACACUCAGGUUAUGGCCAUGAUCAUUUCUACUUUAAGAAUGGUAAAAAAACGAAGGAGAAAGUUCUUUCGUGAUAGUAUUGAAAACUGUAGCACCUAGAUUGUUUACUGACAAGGGUUGUCGAGCAGAUUUAUGCUAACUUACAAGAGCCAUGUAAUGGUAUUUUGAGCCGUUUUUUUUCCUCACCCUAUAGAAACACCUUCAACUAGUUAAAACCUUUGAAUCACAAGCCCUGUAGGAUAAAAAACCCGACCCAGGUAUCAUUUUCCGAGGAGGUACAGGAUAGGCUAAACGCAGGCUGCGAAAAUUUUUUAAGAUGGACAGUAGCUUGAGACCCUUCGAGGCAAAAAAUCAAAGUCAUGACAACAUUCAAAAGUCAAAAGGAAUAGUCACUUUGCGAUUUUACUGUUGGCGUUUUCUUUGUUUUCAUUCUUAUCAUGUUUUUACUGACCGUAAUAUUUUGUUAGGUUUUAUCUCCUCUCAUGGAUAAGUGUAAUGUUGCAGUGGACUCAAGCCUCAGUCAACAUCCAUUUUUCUCCCCUGUCAAAGCAAACAGGUAUUUCUAUUGUAUUCUUUAACCUUUUCACUCCCAAAAUCUCACUAGGAAUUCUCCUUACUGUCUGCUGUACAAUUCCCAUGAUGUUAGUUCGGAGAAUUUGGUAUUGGAUCAACUAAUAAUCCCCUAAUUGAUAUUUUUAUUUAUUUUCAUCCCUUGUCUGCUUGGUAUUGUAUUGAUAUUGUAAGGAGAAAUUCUUUCUUGGUCACUCAUAUAGUAGACUCUUUUUCAGUUUGUUUUCAGAAAGGUAGUCUUUUUAUGCAUUACACUAUGCACAGUUGGUUUCUUUUUUAAUAUUUGGUUUAUUUUGUCUGUAGUGAGCCCCUUGCUUUAAAGCAGUUGGAGGCACUGUACAUUGGUAGGACUUACCAUGCGUGGAAAGAACCUGAGGUAGGAAACACAACUGUAACACCAGUUUGAUGCACUCCUUAUAUCAUGAAACAGCGGCCACAAGUCAAAUGCUCUUUAAGUCGGCGCUCGCAGUCAACUAUUCAAAAUGUCGAGCUGAUAUGUUGUAGUAUCAAGACUAUUGUUUACUUUUCGCUGUAUUUGUGAUAUUUCACUCGUCAACAACUUUUGAUGGUUGACAUGAAAUUAGGUGGGUUGUUCGACCACAUAGUUUCAAAGAUUUGCUGGCUAACCUACAGGUACCUAAUCUUCCUCAGAAAAAUCUCACAUCAAAAUAACCCGGCUGUGCCCCGUCAUAAAAAACUUCUUUAAAGCGAAGGAAAAAGAGCGAAACUUCUAAGAACCCCCAAUAUUGUUAGAUCAAGGAGAUAAGUUCCUAAAGAAACUGUGGUGCUGCGUCGGUGGGGCGUUUAACAAGAUAAUCUAGUUUAAUCAGAAGAGUUGAUAAUGUAAAUUGGCCACCGUAAAGAGUUUCUAAAGCUGACUUAUUGAGCGUUCAUUCUUCGUCAGAAUCAGUUAAUACCCAUUGGGGAAAAAUACAUAUUUUAGCUAAUGAAGUAAUAUGUGCCAUUUCAGGUGAUCGACUGGCUCGUCUUAAAUACUAGAAAAGUUGUAGAAAGAGUAGAGGCUGGAGAUGCUUUGGUGGAAGAGUGCAAACAAAAGUAAGUUUUGUCUUGUGAAUACUUUUUGUUCUGACUAAAUCGGGUUGAGUCCAAGUCUUGUGCAAAGGUACUUCUCUGUGCAGUGAAUGUAGAGCAAUUUUCGAUCUAGUGUCGAAAGUAAUCCUGGACUGCUUUGGUUUUGCUAUACCUCGCUCUUUGAUUGGUCCAGAAAACUCGCACCACUCUCUCAACCAAUCAGAUGCAAAACUAAAACAAGUCACGAUUUGGUCACUCGCGUUUUCCCGCGCUUUAAACAGUUCGGUUGGUUUUACUUUGAGUUCUCAUUGGCUCUCAAAGAUAUUUUCCUCUCUUCUGAUUGGUUGUUAUUAUUACUUUGAUUUUGGUUUUAAGACACUAUCGAAAAGCGCUCGAAAUGAUUGAUUAGUAAUUGUGAGUUAAAUAAUUUUACGUGUCAUUUAUACGUGACUUUAUUUUUAUUACUUACAAAAUUUUUGUUGCUACACCUUUUAACUAGAUAUUGUUACUUCGAUUUUGGUUUGACAACAGGCUUAACGUAGACCUCUCUCAUCACUUAACCCUUUAACUCCCAAGAUCUGAUUGUCAAUUCUCCCCUCUAGCUGCUACACAUUUUCCUUGUAAAUUGGUUACGAGAAUUUGGUGUUCGAUCAAGGUAAUAUCUUUUACCUGAUGAGUUUUAGUAUUCUCACUACCUGUUUCCAGAAUGAUGUACGGAUAUUAUCGGGAGAAGUUACAUGUCAAUCACUUCUGGGAGUUAAAGGGUUAAAUUUUGUAAACAUCCUAUAAAGCUAAAAUCAGAACCACUUGUUGAAUGUUAGGUUCAACUGAGCAGAUAUUAAGACCCAGCGUUGCGAUUUCAUUAAUUAGUAUAUACUUAAACAGUGGAUAGCGUUGAAGGCACGCUAUCACAGGACUUGCCCCCGAAAUAUUGUAAUCGUUGCAGAAAUAAUUGAGUUAAAAUCAUUUUUUUGGCUUUAUUAUCGCACUGUUUUAGUAUAUAUUAAAGCAGCUAUUAACUUUCGUUAUUGAUUUUCAGACGACAAGUGCGUUAUAAAGGAACACCCCGAAAUAUUUACCGGCACUUAGUCAUGUCUGGUGAGUGAACUUUCCUAACCUAGAAGCAAUUAGCACUUUGUUGUCAAAAAUGAUCCUGAAUUGUCUUGGUUUUGCUUAGCUUUGCCAUGAGAUUGGUCUAUGAAGAUCGUACCACCCUCUCAAACAUUAAGAUGAAAAAUUGACAUCAUUCGCGUUUUCCGGCGCUUGAGGCAGCUGGUUUGUUACUGUUUAUUUCUCAGUGACUCUGUCUUAUUUUCCUUUUCUCUAAUUGGCCGUGUUAGCUAUGGUUUUGAGUUUAUAACCAUCAAUCGAAAAUCGCACGAAGAGUCUUGAGUCAUGAGUUCAUAGCAAAGUGACUAAACUGUCCUUGCCUCGACAAUCCUCGCAUCCGUCAUCACGAUUGCACUGUGUUACUACUUAAAUGAAACGUUGGAAAGUAACUCGUGUGGAACUUAAUUUGCAAACAAUUUGGUGUAAUCUUAUUGAUAUUCAUAUUGUGUAUUUGAAAUUUUGAAAUUUUUUUACCUGUGACGUUACUGAAGACACCCGAGCCAAGAGAAGUGGCACCCGCGCCCGUCGAACCACUCCAGUUAUAACUAAGCCCUCCACCCCUGCUUCCUGCUAAUUCUUCUUAUUUCAUCAUUGACUAUUUUUAAAGGAACCGUCCAGAAGGGGGGUCUUGGAUGCGCUGCAUUGCAUUUCAGCAUAUUUUAUUAUUAUUUUAGCGAGACGGAAGGGGCCGAAGAGUGUUAUUCUUUUCGCAUAGGACAUCGUCAAUAAAGGGGCUAGUUGAAUUGGCCGAUUCCGUGGUAAUUGAUGUGUGGAACUGCGUGGGCUUCUUCGACUUUAAGAGCUUCCUAAGAGAAGUCGAUGGCUUCGUUUAUUGUUAAAAUUUUUGUUUUUCUGCGAUAGAUAUCAAAGAUGCUGCUGUGUCACUUCCCAUGGUGAGAUGUUUUCAACCGUUUACACCCUAACAUCAGCAUGUAUUUUCUCCAUACUGAACUCUGUAUAUUUCCUAUGGUACUGACAAAGAGAAGUUGUUUGAUAAUCAAGAGCUUCUUAAGUUGGUGAUCAUUUCCUUUAUUCUCAUGACCUCAAUGUUUGUUUUAGGGGUGAUACUGAUAGGGGAAAAUAGUUAUUAAUCACUCCCAGGGGUUAAAGGGUUAAAGUGGUUCUUCCAUCUUUCUUAGUUGUGCAUGUGUAACAUCAACUUAGUCUCAAUAGUCCCGAACUCCUGACAAACUUCUGAUUAUCAAUAUUAAAGGGAUUUAAAGUCUGAAAUUGUUAAAUUGCUGUUUCAACUAAUCAAAGCACGUUAUAUCGUUGUUUAUUAUGCAUUUUUACUAUCUCGCCUCAGGAUUUGGCGAAUGUUCCCCUAGUGUCGUAUGAUCCCCUGCCUCCUCGUGAUUCAGUGACAGGAUAUUCAAGGCCACCGAGGUAGCGUUUCACCUUCUAUGAUUAGAAGAAUUUGUGUAUCAAUGUACCCAACUGUCUUUGCGAUUUCCUCUAUUUUUCACUUCUUUCCUGUUAAUGCAUGUUAGCUUUGUGACAGAAGAGUAGUAAAAACUAAAUUGUUGAUUCUGGACAUGGACCGCAAUCAGCGAUCGUCUCUUUCCUUAUUUUAUUGUAAGAAUGUAUCAGACUAGAGCAAAGCUGAUACAGAAUUUCUUUGAACCUAGCCAAGCGUGUUUUUACUCAGUUGACAUUUUUGAUGUUUGUCAGCCAUCGUUCUCAAAAUUAAUGAUAUCGUUUUUACGCACGUGAAUGUUUGAAUGCAUUGAUAUUGUUAGCGUCAUGGAUUAUGCGCGCACAGUCGUGACCUUUAAGUGUGCAAAAACGAGAUCAUCAGUUUUGAGAAAGAUGGCUGAUAAUAACUCAAGGAUAAAAAGUAGUUUAGCAUGUUGAAAGAAAUCCUGAAUGAUUUUUUUGGGGGGCUGUUUCAUUUUCUCUUAAAAAGAAAAAUAAAAUGCUAGAAUUAACGUCAUAACUUGUGACAAUUUUACAACAACCAUUGAGUUUCCCAUAUUGAAGUUGCAAGGGCAAAUUAAUUUAUUUUUUUUCUUUUUUUAUAGAAGGGUUGAAACUGCUGGAGAAGACUCUGGCCCUCUGUCCAUGUUUUUUCGCUCACUUCUACCUUCGUUCAGUGCUCAGACCCGUAGUGGACCACGCGUGGAAGUGAGGCUUGAGCAGCCUGUGGAGGGAGCAGAAGGUGGACCCAGACCUCUACGGGACACAGAGCUUGUACGGGGCGUGGAAAACUUGAUGGUCGCUAUGAGAGAAUUACUAAACACCCUAAGCUACCGUGGACAGCCUGAGGAGGCUGGAGGCGAGGAAGGGGAAGAUGGUAGAGAAGAGAAUCAUGCCGAAGAUGACUGGGAGGAGGAAUGGGAUUAAAAUUUCAGAAUUACUGCUUUUCUCUGAUCCUCUGAGUCGGUGAGAUCUUCUAAAUAGUAGUUUUAGUAUACUGGUGACGAAUACUGUCGGGCAAGUUGUCAAAAACCCAAGACUGCCUUUGACCAUGAGGAGAUUCUGCGCAAAACUUAAACGAAAAUUUUCUUCAUAAUAUGUCCAUAACCUCGCCAAUGGCUGCAACCGUAAUGAAGGAAUAAUCAGUCCACGAAAGAAGUUUUGAGACCAUUACGUUAAAGAAAGGAAACCAUCUUUUCUUGAUGAGAUGUGGGAAUAAUAUAAGAUUCAUAUCUUAACGGCCAUCAUGAAAUAAAAACGAAUGACAAGAAGUGGUUUGUAAUCAAUACGAUCGAGGGGAAUAUAACUGAAUGAAACUCAGUUUUAUUGUAUAGCGUAUUUUGUACAGAGAAGGCUAGUAAUGGGCUAAUCAGCUUUGGACUCAGUCGUAGAGAAUCUUUUGUGCCCAAUGUUCUGAGGCACCUUUAAAAAAACGACCGCGAUUUACGCAUACGGAGAUUAUGAACGCGCGUUAUAAUUCCGAAUAUUAUUUGCGGAGAAAGUGACCGUAUGUGCGAUAUACAAGUUUGCGUCCAAAAUUGUAACUGGCGCAUGUGGAAAAUGGCAAACGCGGAAUUCGAGACUUACUACUCCACCCGCGAACACUUUGUCGGUUGCAGGUGGACGCUGUCAUUGGGUCAGUGGUAUGCAACAUCACAAAAAAUGGGAAAAGGUUGUCGAUUGAUUUAUUUAAUAAAAACGUGCUUUGGGAAGAGGAUUUAUAUUACAAUUAAUUGGAUUAGAUUAUCUAUGUACUGCUGAAAAUGCAAAGUUUAUUUCGACCAUAUCCAAUAGCUCCGGGUUGUAGAUACGCCCAACUGUCGUGAUGUGUUACCGAGAUCCUAGACGUGAUGGAAAUUUAUGCUAGUAUUUGAACUGUCGGAUACUACACGCGGAUUUGCUCUUCUGAACGUAAGAUAAAUCGGUACAAGUCAACUCUGCUAUAUGUCAAAUUUGUUAUAGCAUUAUCGAACCAGUCGGUUUAACUUUUAUAGGUAUAAAUUCUAAAUGCUGCAAGAGUAUCCAUGGAUCGAUGUAUAGCACCAGACAUGACAACCUCUUUUUUCACCAGAUCGGUGUAUGUGAAAACUUACAGAGCGGAGAUUCUCUCUUUUUGGGGUUUCAAAUCGGAUGUGGUUUCUAUAUCUUAUUACUGUACCACGAUACUGCACAAAUGUGCUAUGUGUUAUGCAAAAAUAAAGCGAGG